AUGCUCUCUACUCUCCUCAAUAAAAUGGCCGCGCCGCCAGAACAUUCACGCGCCCUAGAAGCGACGCGUCCUUCCUCCCCCGAGUCGAUUCUAAGCUCCAUUACUGUCGACGCAGCCUCCUCAAACACUCAAUCCUUCUCAUCUACACCCCCGACAAGCAUUGCCGACAGUGUUAGCGUGUCAUCCGCGUCGGUGAAUGUUGGCAAUAUUCAGGAAACACCCACUGCUGCAACUUCACAGUAUAGCAGGCGCGAGCGCGUGGAAGUCCCUACAUACAAUGUCAAGAAAUUGGCCGGUACAGCUGUCCACGUUCCGCGAAAGUUCCUCAAGAACUCAGACGGCACGCCAAUGGGCCCCAAGCAAAAGCGAGAGCCGAAGCCGCGUCGCAGGGCAAUAUCGGGCGAUACAUUGAUCGGCGCGCUGAAUUCUGCGAACUCAUCCACCGACACAGUCACCAAGGAUGCAGACAGGCUCGUCCGUGAUGGAAUCGACGCAUUGGAUCUAGAGUGGUCUGUCAAGAAACUGCCCAAGUCCAAGAGUCAAAUUGGCCUCGCCGGCAGCCCACGAAAGUACACCAAAAAAACGAACGCGCAGAAAGAAACAGACAGCCGCUUCAAGGUAGACGCACUUGGAAGUCUCAGCAAGAAGAUUAGUGUACUGGGCAAGAGAGGAAGAAAGGCUUUCGAGGAUGGGCUGGGACUAUCGAGUGGUGCUAAAGUGCCAAGGGAGCUUAGGAAAUUGGCGGAUACCCCCGAAUUCCUACAUAUCGAUACGAAGCCUGUUCUGCACGAGGUCUGGAGUAACGGGAAGUUAGUCAAGGCAGAACCGGCGAAGAAGAGGAAGAAGAUUGAGCAGGUUGUCGAACCGCCGAAACCGGAAGCGGUGAAGCCCGUCGAAAAGAAGAGAGUCAAUGGGAAAAGAGAGAAAACCUGGUUGACUAAGGGACUGUACGCUGGACAGGAAACGAACUUGGACUGGUUCCAAGACAAGGCUCCCGAUGCUAAAGUCGGCUUUCCUGAGUUUAAGAAAGACGGAUUUAUGCCGCUGCCUAUGUGGCAUGGCCAACGAUUACUCUAUGUUGGAAGAGACUUUAAGUUACCUUUUGAUGUCUGCUCGCCCCUUCCUCCAGGACAACCAAAGCCAGACGAGUGGCGAAAGACUUCAAGCAAUCGCUUCGUAGGUAACGCUGCUUCGUUCUGGAAGAAGGAAGAUAUAUUUGACAGUUUUUCUUCAAAGUGUGUCUGUACCCCAGAAACUGGAUGUGAUGAGCGUUGCCAGAACAGGAUUAUGCUCUACGAGUGCAAUGAUACCAUCUGUGCCGCUGGUCGUACUCAUUGCACAAACCGAGCCUUUGGUGACUUACAAGAACGUCGCAAGGGUGGUGGAAAGUAUAGAAUCGGCGUAGAGGUUAUCAAGACUCCUGAUCGCGGUUACGGCGUUCGAAGCAACCGUUGCUUUGAAGCCAACCAAAUCAUCGUCGAAUAUACUGGAGAAAUUAUCACAGAAGACGAAUGCGAUCGAAGAAUGAAUGAAGACUACAAGAACAACGAGUGUUACUACCUGAUGUCUUUUGAUCAGAAUAUGAUUCUUGACGGAACCAAAGGCAGCAUUGCCAGAUUUGUCAACCACUCCUGCAAACCCAAUUGCAGAAUGGUGAAAUGGCUUGUUGGCGGAAAGCCUCGUAUGGCUCUGUUCGCCGGCGAUGAUCCAAUUAUGACCGGUGACGAAUUAACUUAUGACUACAACUUCGAUCCCUUCUCCGCGAAAAACGUCCAGGAAUGCCGAUGCGGUAGUGCCAAUUGUCGUGGCGUACUGGGACCUAAGCCAAAGGACCCAAAGCCCGUCAAGGAUGCCAUCAAGGAGGUGGUCAAGGCUGGCGUCAGGGCCGGGAAGCGAAAGCUGAAGGAGUUGUUCGGCGGGGAGGAUGAAGAGGAUUCGGUAGAUCCACGAAGCCCAAAGAAGAGAAAGAUGAAGGCAGCCAAGGGAGUUAAGAAAUCUGCUUCUUCGGUUAGCAUGAAGGUGGCGAAAGGAGCCGCUAAGACGAUUAAGAAGAGCGUCUCUGGACCCUUUUUGAAAUCACGCAAAGCAAUCAGUGUCAAGCGUGGCACCGGUCGUGUUGUUGCAGUCAAGAAGACCCGAGUCACUUCUGCUAAGCGUUUCGGCAAAGUGCAAAGCAAAUCGUCUCGAAAUUCAAGCUUGACAGUGGUAACCUCGGAGAAGAGCCCAAAAGGCUCCAAGAGUCCUCCACCCAAGAUGUCCAGUGUAGGAAAGAGAAGUGCCAAGAAGAAGAUACUGGGUAGCUACUACGAUGACAGAAGCGGCACUCCAUCACGAGAUGCCAGCGAUGGAACUAUUAGGCUCAUCGCCGAUUCCGACGAAGAGUAA